AUGGCAUUCUUCCAGCGCCGGGCCCCGCGGGGAGCGGCCGGAGUGCGGGGCGCGUGCGCCGUGGGGACUGGCAGCGACGCUGUGACUUUGUCCCCUGGAGGGGCUGUGACUGGCAGCUCCCGGGGAGAAGUCCCACUGCUCACAGCACGUUUCUUCCCAGGAGCGGACGCAAAAGGGGGCGGUGGCCCCGAGGACCCCGCCGCCCCCGAGGCCCCCCGCAGCCCCCCGCUGCCCCAGCUCCCGCGCCGCCCGCGGCUCCUGGAUGAGGACGGAGGGCCCAGCGAGGAAGCGGCCGCCGCUGGGGGCAGCUCCCCGGCCCCGGAGGAACCCCGGGCCGAGCCCCCGGCCGAGGCCUCGACGGCCGCCCCCACCCAGGCCGAGGCCACGGGCGAGGCCAGGCAGGGGCCCAAGGUGGCCGCCGGAGGGGUGCCCAACAUCGGCUUCGUGGGCGAGCCCCCGCCCUAUGCGCCGCCGGACCCCAAGGCCGUGCACCUGCUCUACCCGCCCUUCCCGCAGGGGCCGGUCCUCUUCCAGCCCGGCCCCUCGCCCCAGGCCCUGUACCCGCCACCGCCCGCCGCGCCCCUGUACCCCGCGCCCGCCACGCCGCCGAUCUUUGCGUCCUUCCCGGUGGUGAGUGGCUGGCGUGCGCCCCCUUACAACAGCCCCGUGCCCGGCGUGCCCGUGGUGGAGCACCGACCCCUGCCCAAGGACUACAUGAUGGAGUCCGUGCUGGUGACCCUUUUCUGUUGCCUCCUCACGGGGCUCAUCGCUAUCGUCUACUCCCACGAGACCCGCGCGGCGUUGAGCAGGGGGGACCUGGCCCAGGCCGAGGAGGCUUCCCGCAAGGCCCGCUCGCUCGUGCUCUUCAGCCUGCUCUUUGGGGUCUUCGUGUCCACCAGCUGGGUCAUCUACGUGGUCGUGGCCCUGUACCUCCCCUGA